UCAAUCACAGGUUCAUGUUCUUCCCACUCGCCACUGCUCGUACUUUCACGCACCAAAUCUCUCCGAACGCACUUCGAGGAAUUCGUAUCUGAUCCGUUGCAGUGAGCGAUGGAACGGGAGAAAUGAAAACGAAAACCAGUGGGGAUUCUAAGUUCAACGACAAGAACGGUUAAUUCUUCGGAUUACUGGAGAAAAGUGUCGUAUAUCAUAGAGUUUUGAUGUACAGUUCUUGUUUCCUGAUCUGUAUAAAUCACAACUCUGCUUGAACUCUAUUGGAGAUUCUUUUCCCUGCCCUCGUAAUCACUUCGGUAAGAAUAGGAUAAUCGCAGAAGGUGGAGGGGGGGAGGGAUUUGGGAAGAGGAAGAUUAUACAUUAUCGAUCAAUAGUGGAGAGAGAAUAGUGUGGCGGAGAUGAAGGGCGGCGGUGGUGUAGGGAGCGGGGGUUCUGCUUAUGGAUUUCCGGCGAAAAGACGAUGGAGAGGACUCGUGAUCGGAGUUCUUGGCCUCGUUAUCCUCUCAAUGCUUGUGCCUCUUGUGUUUUUGCUUGGUCUCUACAAUGGAUUUCACUCUCCGGGAUACGGAUUUGACUCACAAAAUUCAAAACCAGGGUUUCAACCUAGUCAUGUAGAUGAAGUCAUCAGAAAAUUUGGACCAACUCUUCCCAAGGACGCAUUUCAGAAACAUGCCACUGAACCUAAGAAGUACAUUAAAGAUUUCAUACACGAGAAUCAGGAAGCAAAAGGUUUACAGCCUCCAAAAGUUGAUGCCCUACCAACGCAUACCCAUGAAAAUAUUACCAAAGUUGGUGGUAGAGUUCAACCUGACCCACAUAUGGCUUCCAUUGACGAAAAUGGAAAACCGUGUGAGUGGAAGUUUGGGAGCUAUUGUAUUUGGCAACAGGAAAAUAGAGAAGUUAUUAAAGACUCUAUGGUAAAGAAAUUGAAGGAUCAGCUUUUUGUUGCGCGAGCAUACUAUCCUAGCAUUGCAAAACUUCCGGACCAAGGCAAGUUGACUCAAGAAAUGAAGCAAAAUAUUCAAGAGCUGGAACGUAUCUUGAGUGAAUCAACCACAGAUCUUGACCUUCCACUACAGAUAGAGAAAAGGUCACUGAAGAUGGAAGCUACAAUAACCAAAGCUAAAUCAUUCCCGUUGGAGUGUUCUAAUGUGGACAAAAAGUUCCGACAGCUAUUUGAUAUGACCGAGGAUGAAGCCGAUUUUCACAUGAAGCAGAGUGCCUUUCUCUUCCAACUAGCUGUUCAGACCAUGCCAAAGAGCCUGCAUUGCUUGUCUAUGCAGCUAACUGUUGAAUAUUUUAGGAUUGAUUCAACCAAUUUGGAGCUCUCACAGGCAGAGAAAUAUGCAGAUCCCACUUUGAACCAUUAUAUAAUAUUCUCGAAUAAUAUACUUGCAUCAUCAGUGGUUAUCAAUUCAACCGUUUCACAUGCAAAAGAAAGUGGAAACCAGGUUUUUCAUGUAUUGACUGAUGGGCAGAAUUACUUUGCCAUGAAACUCUGGUUUUCGAGGAAUAGUUAUAAGGAGGCAACUAUUGAAGUAUUAAAUGUUGAGCAUCUUAAACUUGACGAUCAUGAAAAUAUGACUUUCGUUUUGCCUCAAGAGUUCCGUAUUUCUUUUCAUACUUUAACUCACUCUAGGACCGAAUACAUUUCAAUGUUUUCACAUUUGCACUAUCUUCUUCCUGAAAUAUUCAAGAGCCUGGAUAAAGUUGUGGUUCUGGAGGAUGAUGUUGUUGUCCAGCGAGACUUAUCAGACUUGUGGAGCCUUGAUAUGGGAGGAAAAGUUAAUGGUGCUGCACAGUGUUGUCAAGUGAGGUUGGGUGAGCUGAAAAGUUUUCUGGGUGAGAACGGUUACAAUCAAAAUGAUUGCACUUGGAUGUCAGGGUUGAAUGUAAUUGAUCUGGCGAAGUGGCGAGAGCUUGAUCUUUCUCAAACUUUCCGUAGUUUGGUCAAGGAGGAGGGAUCAACUAAUGCUGAUGUGUUGCGUGCAAGCUUGCUUACUUUUCAGGGGAUGAUCUACCCCCUUCAUGAUUCCUGGUCUCUAUAUGGGUUAGGUCAUGUCUACAGGCAUAAUGUCCAAGACCUCAAAAAGGCUGCAACAUUGCAUUAUAAUGGCUAUUUGAAACCUUGGCUGGAGUUGGGUAUCCCAAAAUACAAAGCUCACUGGAAGAAAUUUCUAGACAGAGAAGAUCUGUUCUUGAGCAAGUGUAACAUAAAUCCGUGAUAAGUCGAAGAUUCUACCACCGUCUACUACAUAUUUCAUGAAAUCUGGGGCUCAACUCAUCAAGUAUAAUUUUCGUUGACAAAUGGGAUUGCCCGCACAACAGAGAACUCAUUUUUUUCGGUAAAUAAACUACUAGCUUCAUCCUGAUCAAGUUUGCUUGUGGUGAUUUCUGAUAUCAUGAGUUUUGUGGUAUUUUGAUGAAGAAGAGAAAGCGAUUGAGGUUUCUGUUUUAGUCUGCUAGUUGGUUUGUUGAAUGAGAAUCUGAGUUGGAAAGUGUGGCAAAUAAGGCAAAGACACCCAAAGGCUACAAUUAAUAUUCAUCCGGCAAGAUUCGCUUGGAUGAGAACAUCUUGUUGUCCUAUGCCUUAACAGGAUUAUUUGUCAGUUGAUGUCAUUCAUAUUAAUAUAUAAAUAUACAUAUAAUAUAGUUAGAUUAGGUUCUCACGCUUCUAUUGAAGCUAAAUUCUUUUGACAAUUCGUAUUCAAUUUGAUUAUAGAGUUAUUUGGAAGGCACUUUGCCUAUUUUGUCAA